AUGGACGCCUCUUCCGAACCGAACAACGCCGCUCUUUAUGAUGCCCGUCGCCGUCGCGGCUCCGUCGGUACCUCCCAACUCUUCGAUACCAUCGUCUCCGCCUCCAACUUCGACCGAGAUGAAGUCGACCGACUUCGGAAGCGAUUCAUGAAGCUGGAUAAGGAUAGCUCCGGCACGAUCGAUCGCGACGAGUUCCUCUCCCUCCCCCAAGUCUCCUCCAACCCUCUCGCGACACGGUACGUGGACAUCGGCUGGUUGAACGACAGAAGAAACAUGCUUAUACAGGGUCAGAAUGAUCGCCAUCUUCGAUGA